CUGGUCUGGUAGCCUCAAGCUCAAGGCACUGCCACUUCCAGCGACGGGCGUCGACUGCCCAUGGCAUGCUUCCCCCGCCCGCUCAUCCGCCAUGGACACCGUCACCGUCAAAUGCGCCCAAUGUGAUGCAAAGCUGGGCUCGCUGCCCAACUCGUGGUUGCAGAUUGGGAAAAAGUAUCUGACUCCUGCCACGAGCCCCGGCGAUGACGACUCGCUCCCCGCCUUCAGCAUCACCACGGCGGCCGCCCCGCGCCAGGGCGAUGCCGACACCCUCGUGGGCGGCUGCCAGCUCCAAGAGGCGGAGUGCGCCAAGUGCCGCACCAAUAUUGGACAGAAGUGUCUCCGUACGCCGGUGAACCACAUUCUGAAUGAGUGAGAAUGGCCCCGGUCAUGACCUUGCCUCUAAGCACAUCUAAUCCAUCGUUGCAUCGAUAAGCGGCCAGUACAUCCUUAGAGUCGCUUCCAUAGUCCUCAAAUCAGCAACGGACUUGCGCCGUAGGGCUGAGCCCAAUAUACUGCGAACGCUCAAGCUCAAGAACGGCCAUCCCGCGACCAUCGGCCACUCAAGCAGCACCCCGACGCAGGAGAAGCCCUCUUUCAAGAACUUCAAUGCCCGCACGAGCAUGCCCCAUGGCCUGGACCUGAUGCAGCUCCAGGCUACGCUCGACGCUCAGCGACAAGACAUCAAUCGCAUCGGCGCCACGGGCAUGCAGGUCGUCACCAACUUUGAGACCGCCAUGGCCAAGGUAGAUCGCCAGAUGCAGCAGCUGAGCGAGUCCAUCGACAGCGUCCGCAGGGAUGGCAACGGCCAGCGCGACGACAUCGGCAGUCUCAAGUCAGAACUCUCCGACCUCAAGUGGGACGGCCAGAACGCCGGCUCGGUCCUCUCAAGGCUUGACCAACAGCUUCAGACUACGGAUAGGGUCGUAACGGAGCUUCGGCAAGCACUGUCCAAGUCUAAAUCCGACGCGCAAGACCUGCGGGGCCAAUUGGAAUCAGCGCACCAGAGUCUCCACGACGUUGGGAACCUGCAAGACCAGCUUGCCGCAGUGCAGCAGGAUCUUCAGGGGGUUGAGGGUAUACGCGAGCAACUAGCAUCUACGCAGCAGGAUCUGCAGGAGUCCAGGGAGGAGGUAGACCAGCUCAGAAACGAUGUACGAGACGCCAAUCACGAGCUAUGCGAGUCAAAGGACGAGGUGAACCGACUUAGGAGUGAGGUGGACGAGACGAAGCAAGUUGCCCUAGACGGCAUCGCAACUUCGAAAGAAUAUGCCGCAGAAGUCACCUCGCUGAGGCGAGAUAUCAAGCAGCUCCGCGCAGAUUUAGCGCGGGACCGCGCCCAUCCUCCACCCACCACGUCCGAGACACCCUCCUUCUCCUCUCACGAGCUCGAUAUCCUCACCAGCAGCAUAUCCAAAAUUGGAAACCGCGCCAGCCAGAUCGAAUCACUGCAAAUGGAGUUUGAUCUCUUCAGGACCCGGAUACAGCGCCUCGAAGCUCGUUCAAGCAUGCCGUCGAGCACACCGAAUCGAGGAAGCACCGUGGCGGGCGUCAGCGCAAGUCCUGACCGGGACGAGGAGAACAUGCAGUCGUGUUACACAGACAACCCACGCAAAAAGCGCGGGUCAACGGGCAGGACAGACGCCCCAGACUUUGACACAACGCCACCGAAGCGCGUGGCACUGUCGUCAUCCGACUUUGGCAGCGGCAUCUCUGCCGCGCACGCUCGAUCGAGCGACCUGUACCGCUCAUCGCCGGCCGCUCGCGGUCUUGUUGAGCCCGCUAGGCCUAGGCGCACACGGGCAGCGACCAGUCUCAAUGCCGCGACAAAGAGAGGGGGCUGGCAGGCGAGAGGCUAAGCCGUACCGGAUUCUUUCUGAUAUCCCCUGCAGCCAAGAAUUGGCGCUCAAAACACGAUUCCGAAGUCCAUCUUGAGAGCCGCAUUGCCCAGACUGGCGAGGGCGUUCACCUGCUGCACCACGGCAUAGUCGAAGAAGGCCUUGGAAGCCUCGCUGGCCGGAUCCUUGAUCCAGGCAUUGAUGAGGGACAGCUCCUUUUCCCUGCCUGGUAGCUGCUCAAUAUCCUGGAGCAGCUCUCGCGCGGGUAGCACGAGGUCCCACUCGGCAGGGACACCCGCAGGAGCCGCACGAAGGAUCAUGACGAGCAGGAUUUGGCACAAAGCGACCUGGUCAAUGUCCUGAAGCUUGGUCUGGGCUUCCUGGUCCAUGUUGGCCUUCAUGGGUGCCGACAUGACGGAGCUGCCGAGUGAUGCGCUCUCCUCAGCGGUAUUGGCCAAGAGUUUGGCGAUCAUGAAGAGGUUCUUGACCCUGACGGGGUGGAACCACGCGACAUAUCGGUAUGGGUCGACCCGGGUCGCGACGAGACAGGCCACGGCCAGCGCAUACGCGAAAUUACGCUUCUCAGCGUAGUGUAUGGAUAUCUCAGCCAGGACCUGAGGCACAGGCGUGACGGCCCACAAGUCACCGCCGACGAGGCCCCUGCAGUCGCUGUACUGGGCGCGGAGCUGAAGGCGGCGGCUAGGCGGCCUGUCGGGCUUGGACCAGUCCUCGAUUAGCCUGGUGGCGGACUCGCCAUUGGACUUUGCCAGCGCGACAGUCGCCUCAUCGAUGACAGCAGGGUGGCGCUGGGCGGCAGAGGGAGCGUCGGGGGCGAGGCUAGUGCCGGGCGGCGCGACCACGGGCGUGGUGGCGCACACUUGGUAGACGUUGAGGUUGUGGCUGCAACGAGGGCAGCGGCACUCGAAGCAAUACUGGGCCAGGGCCUCCUUUCGCAUGGUGUAGGGAUCCGUGUAGUCUAGGGGGUGCUUGGUCAGGGUACAAGACGGUCAAAAAGCAAUGACGAGGGAUUCUUCCUGCCCACCUGUGUAGGAGAUCUCAAUCUCAUCGCCAGCCUCGAUGCUGCGCUCCGCUCUCAAGACGGCAGUCCGCCCGAUGAACUGGACCAUGGCGUUGGGCACGCACGAGUGGUUGGCCAUGGCGAGCGUCGGCUCGAGGAAGAGGCCGACCUGGCCAAGGUCGGCGUCGAACCUGUGAAAGGUGUUUGUCUGGAUCUGUGUUGGGCACUCGUCAGCACACGCACACUCCUUCAAUGCGACCGUUGUCCGACGCGGCAUCACUCGACGACGACGACGAAAGAGGUCAUGGCUGCGGCAGAGUGAGAGUGGUGGCAUAAAGACCAAAGACGGGCGGCAAGGAUUGGGGGGGUGCCCGUCGGGCGACUCACGCACCUUGCACAGCAGAUCAACGGCGCGGCGCACCUCCUUGUCGUUGACGGGCUUGCCGGCAAAGGCGCAAGCGGCCAUGGCCAUGAUCUCCAUGUCGCGCCACUCGGCGGCGCCGCUCCUCUGCUCGCGGCGGCGGGCGGCAUGGCCCUCGAGCCCGUCGAGCACGCGGGCGAGGUCGUCGCGCAGCAGGGCCUGGACGAGGGCGCGGGCGGGCGUGGGCAGCUCGGCGCCGGAGCGGCCGGCGACCUUUUCCCCGGCGCUGGGGGUUGGUGGUGGUGGUGGUCUUGCAGUGCCGGUGGCGGCAGCGUCGUCGUCUUUUUUCGGUGAUGAGGACGGAGGCGCUGCUGCUGCUGCUGCUGCUGUUGACGACGAGGACGGACCGGAGGACGGCGACAGGGAAGGAGACUGGACCUGGGACUUGGAGGUUGGCUCCUUCUGCUGGCUGCUACUGCUCCGGCGCUGUUGUUGUUGUUGCUGUUGGCGGCCGCGGCGCAGGGCCUUGCACUCGCGGGCGUGGCCGGCGGCCCAGGCGUCGGCCUGGCAGCGGGGAUCGCAGUAGUAGGC